AUGAGCAGCAAGACACCGAAGCAGCAGGUUCAAAAGCUGAAGGGCAAGGCGGGUCCCGAACCUGGAACCUCGGCCGCCUAUACCACUCCUUUGAAGCAAGCGUUCACGACCUUUGGAGACAAGCUGGUCCCGCGCGUGAAAAAUAACCAGGUCCCCGCGUAUCUCGGACUACCACCCGAGCUCACCCGGGGCAAGGGAAAAAUGAAGGAGACUGUAAACCCCCGUGAGCUAUCCGACGACCCGAUCCGCACCUCUACCCAGAAAUCGAUUCAAACAGGUCUCAAUGACGCUCAGAGGGAUGCUCGCCAGGAUGCCUUGAAUCAGCCACGGCCGGACACUGCGACGUCGCUGGAAGCCACAACGGACGAGGAGGAGGAGGAGGAGGAGGAGGAAGGAGAGGAAGAAGGUGUGGAUGGGGAGGAAGAAGGUGUGGAUGGAGAGGAGGCGUAUGAGAUUUCAGGCGAGGGCGAGGCUGAGGAAGCGGAUAUGGAGCAGAAUGACAACAAUGACAGUGUUACCGAUGAUGAGGACGCCCUGGAAUACGCGGACGACGAGAGCAGCAGUGUAGAAGGGGACGAUUUGGAUAGGAACGGCACGGACGCAGAAGAGCCUACAGAGCCUGAACUGGACAGCGACGGCAACUCUCCUCCCCGCCCGGUUCCUGCGGCACUCAGCCAGGAUCCUGCUUCUCCAAUGGCUUCUCAGCCUCCGCCACCUGACAUGGGAUGGCUCUUCAGUGAUAAUACGCCGGCCGCCCGCACCCACAAGAACCCACCGCCUGAUCGAGGGAAUACAUUCGACAUUGAACUCGAGGAAGAGCUACCCAGGCCACCCGGGUACAAACCAAAACCAAAGGCGCUGCCCGCAGCCCACCCGCCCUCACCCAGUCCCAGUGUUUCGCAGCUGCCGCCGCCAUCCCUGAAUGUUGCUCCGGGUCCGUCCGUUGCUCCUGGUCCAUCUAUUCCCUCCGGUCCGUCUGUCGCGCCAGGACCGUCUGUUACUCCGAGUCCGUCUGUCGCUCGUAAGAGCAUCCCGAAGCCUCGCCCACCGGCCCCGCGCAGGCUAGUCGCAGCCGCUACCGUUGACCUCAACGACAACGACGGCGCGGACCAGCUAUUCCCCACGAUGGCCGACCGUGAGCGUGAAGCAGCACUGACCAUUUUGCGUCUUGCAUCCUGCAUGGGCUGGGGCCUCGUUUGCGUCGUGCGGCCAGACUUGGGCUAUCCCACGCACAGGGUAGUUCUGACUACGCAGCACGGUAACCGCGACAUUGACCGAGCCAACCUUGAGCGGUUCUUCGAGCUCAUACGAACGGGCAACUUCCGGCCGCGCAGCCCCGAGCACGCAAUCGUCAUUAUCGUACCCGAUGGCAUGAUUGACGAGACGUCCUUGACUCUGCGCAUGGACGUUGAGCUCCAGCUCGUGACGCUCCUCGAUGGCGCGGCUGGAACGGCACUUCAGGCAAAUGGCAACCACCGUGCGGAGGCACAGCGGAUUGUGUUCUGGGCGUCACAGGGACUCGAGGGCCGGCGGUACGAUGAUACAGUGUGGACGCCUGACCUGCUGAAGCGUGCGAUGGAUCCGAAAGGGGAUGGCGUCUGCGCCGCCAUAUUUUUCAGACAAUCCGUGCUGGAGAAGUCUCCGUAUGGAAAGCUGUUUGUCCACGACCUCGUGACGAACAACAAGAUGGGCGUACUUGGUGACUCGGACUCGCGGCAGCUGUACCGCCUCAUGCUCCAGCUCUUCUACGCUAGAGGGCAGUCCGCGCGGAUGGUUGUCUACGGCGAGGCCACGAGCAAUGCGUACAGCGCGAACGUCAAGAUCAUCAUGACUAGCCAGCAACAGGCGCGCGAGAUGCUGCCCGACUUUGCCGCCUGCCGGCCGUUCACACGUGACGCCGAAACUCUGGCCGCAUCGUUCAACGUCCGCGCCUACUUGAUUCUUGGCCGGGGAUUUAUCACGGUCAUCUCGCUUUAUUGGAUGAGCUUGAAGGCGCUUCUCUUUGUCGGAAUGCACGUCCGCUUCACCGUCGACAACGUGCUUGAUCGCGCGGUCGGCGAUCCGGACGUCGCCGAGUUCUUCGCGCAGCAGGACCUGUCGUGGAAUGAUAUUCGCAUGUCGCGCUUCAAGGAUGCAGUCCUCCUGGUUUGCGAGAUCGUUGUUUCUGUUGCUGAGGAAGUCUUCGCCACCAUCCCUAACCACGCGUUCAUGGCCGCGAUCAGAAACCAGCUCCUCGACGGUGCAUGCGACAUUACCAAAUGGGAAGAAGGGCCCGAGUGGCUGGCCAUUAUGCGCGGCGCCUACCGAACGCUGCACGGCAAGCUCCAAACGGCCCUGCGGGAAUUUCUCACACGUGAACAUCCGCCCGCCAUUGCCCAGGACAUCAACACUCUCUCACUGCAGACCCUUCCCGACUUCAUCUACGCCCUUUCUCUUCUCGAUUCCACGACCACGCCCAUCACGCCGAUGAGGUGGAGCGCGCGAAUACCCGUCUUCUGCCCGUCGAUCCUUCAUCUCCUGAUCGCAGAGCUCGCGCAGGAUCACUGGGGCGUGGUCGCCAAGUGGCAUAUUACACUGACAAUGUCCAUGGUCAUACCUGGACUAUGCGCGCAGCCUAUAAGGCCCGGUACGACAUCCGACAAGAUCAUCAGCCUCAUGUCACCAUUCGAUCUCUUCCGCGCAUGGACGAUCAAGCAUGCCCAGCAGCUCGGCUACGUCGGAUCCACAGACGGCCUUCCUCUGGCGCUAGACACCGCCAUCAUGGGUAUCCUCAGCUUCGUCCUGCAGAGUGGCCCGUUCCUCACAGAUGCCAGUCUCAUGCGCGAUCUUGCGGGCGUCCAGACGUUCCAGGACAAUCACGACGACCCAUUGUCCAUGGCCGACGCUCUGGGGGGCGUCUUGAAGGGCUGGUGGAAGCAAUGGGCCCCAAUCCGCAGGAGGGACCAGCAACGCGCAUGCGAAACGGAGCACCAGAUUCCCGACAGCAUCGUACAGCAGUACCUCAAGCUCGACACCGUCCCGGAUGCCUUCCUUGCGUCGGAUGACGCCCCGGAGAUGCUGUCGACCUGCGUGCACAUGUUACGGCUGUGGCCGCACGGGGUACUCUGUCGUGCUGCCGAGCUUCCAUCCUACUCCUCGAGCGCUGCGUCGUACCAGAAGACGGUCUGCACUGCCGUAGUGGAUGCGUUCUAUGCCGCUCCGUAUACCCGCAUAUUCCUCGACCAUCCUAGCCACGAGAUCAUGGCCAACCUGCUCAUUGCAGUACGCACCGCUGUCACGGAGUGCCUCUACUUGCCGGAGCCCUUCACCCCAUUCUCGCACGCUGCAGCCUUUGCGCCCUCACCUGAUGCCGUGGAGACUUCCGGCACCUUUGCGGCCUAUGCGUUCCGUAUGCCCAGCAAGGAGUGGAACAGCAUUGCGUACACCCAGAACGAUUUGACGACGCCCGACGACGAGGCCGCCGCUCCCGAGGAGCGCGCUGACGCCAGCGCAAACGGCCCCGCCAGUGGUCCCGAGGAGAGUGGCAGUGGCGCAGGAGGCGCCGCCACCGACCGGGCCGCACGCGGCGGUCGUGCUUCCCGCCGGACCAAGGCUGCUUUGGUGCCUCCACCCUCGAUUGUGCUACCACGGUCCACCAACGCCAUCCAUCCUGCAUUUGAGCCCACGACAUCUCACUUCAAGGGGGACGAGGCGCGCAUCCUCCGUUCCCUUGACGACUCCGCAAUCGAAAAAGCCCAGGCGAGCGCUCAAGGGCUCAGUGACUACUCGCGCACCUUCUUGACCAGCAAGAUGAAGCUCGUCCCCUGCGUCGAUGCACGCGGCGGGCAGACAAUCCCUGAAGACCUCCUGGCCGCGCUUCGUCACGUGCAUGAGCUGACGUGCAAGUACAUCGCACACUUCCAUGGCGGGCAGACGACAGAGGAUCGGGAGGCCGCAACAGCGCUCUUGCUCAGCAAGGUCCCCCUUCCUGGCGUCGCGGCUACCCCUGAUGAGCUGCAAGCCUUUCUUGACGGCGUCCCACAUAAGAAGGGGCAGGCGGGUGUCUCCGUCAGCGUCUUGCAGCCGUCGGAGGUACAGGCCGCGAACAAGGGGAAGCCCAAGAGCGGGAAGCGCACGGCGUCGACCAAGUCUCGCGGGCGCAGUACGAAGGACGCGACAUCUGACGCGGGUGCUAGGUCGGCCGUGUCAUCCUCUACGGACGCCGCCGAGGCCGCACGUGGGACUGCUCGCCGUACGUCGAGCCCAUUCGAGGAGUCCCGCAGUUCGUCUACCCAGCUUUCCGUGACGCACGCCACCCUUGCGGACCCGCGCACUGGCAUACCGGCAGUAGAGCGUGGGCGGGCGCCACGACCGCUCUCCAGCGGGCCACCGGCUCUCAAUCCCGUACCACCCACUCGCACAAAGGGCAGAAAGAGGCCGACCUACAAGAGCGAUGAGUUCGUUCGCAAUGACAGCUCGCAGGAGCGUCCUCCUAUCCCGUCCUUCUUCCCUCUACAAGGCAGUCAUGCUUCCGCGUCCGGCAGCCAUCCGCGUCAGCCUCGCGCGCCAAGCGAUAUCCAGGGCGCUGCAUCGGAGAGCGAGACGAGCGGGUCAUCGGCCGUUCAGAGUGCCACCAGCUCUCGCGUCUAUGGUAUACCCGCGCUCCCCCGCCCACCCUCCCGCGAUGCGAGCUCCGCGGGAUCGCGAGCAUCGUCGUCUAAGCGCCGCGAGCGCUCUCCGUCAGAUGAUGGUUCUCCAGCGGGUGAGAAAGACGCGCCGGCCAAGAAGAAGACCAAGAGCAGAAAGAGCGACGCGGUCAAGAAGAAGGCAAGCGGGAAGAGAUCGCACAUUGCGGUUGGGCCCGUUCCGCUUGCCAUGUCCACUCUCCCAUCUCUGUCGGUGCUCUGGCACGCGGCCGAGCACGUCAGGGAGAAGAAAAGUCAUCUUGCUCCGGUCGUUGAGCAAGCGCAGGUCCAGCGCCCACACGGAAUGGGUUACGUCCGUGUCGCCCCUCCUCCCUCUACCUCGGACCUGCUUCUCCCGCCUUCCCACCGCUUCAGAAACGCCCAAUCGUCCAAGCCACACGAGGACCAUACCGACGUCCCCCGCAUCAGCCCACUCUUGCUCCACACGCACUGGCACACUCCCACCGAGCCCCUUGAUGAUGCCAUUCUGACUGCCUCUACCGCUUUUCGGACAGAGGAAGAGGCCACAGGCUUGGUCGCUUCUGUGUCCAUGUACUUUAACGAGGCGAUCGGCCUCAUCAACAACACGGACGCCCUCGUUCGCCAGCAAAUCAACACGCCUGAUCCCGCAAAGGGUACUGACACUGAGCCGCUCCAGCCAGUCAUAAAGCCGACUGAGAGCAAGAGGGGCGACCCGGAGGAUUGGUCAGAGGGCCAGCAGAGGCACGCCCUCGCCUCCUCGUCGUCUACACUGCCCAGGCCAUCGCAGGCUGGGCCCGCCUUUCCCUUUAACUACGAUAAUUCCCUGGAACAGCCGGAUGAAUUUAAACCGUUUUCGUUCAUUUACAACCGCGUCGAGCGGGUCCCGAUCUGCACUAAGUGCGACUGUAUCGUACGCGAUGUCGCCACGCAUCUCCAAAACAAGAACCACGCGACCGGCCGCCGUGCAGUUGCCGACCAGGCGCAGAUCAAGGCGUAUCGCAGGAAGCUCGUAGCCCUUGAUUCACACCCCAACGAAUCUCCCAUCCAGCCAGCUAAGACGGCGCGCCCAUUCAUCGCUGGGAUCAGCGUCAAGUGGGCCUACGUCUGCACAGGCUGCACGGUUGUGCGGAAAGAGCGUCGGCACACCGCCCAGCAUGUCAGAGAGAAGAAAUGCCAUACCGCUCCGGUCGUCGAGAAAGCGCAGGUCCAGCGCCCAUAUAGAAAGGAGUACAUUCGCGUCGCCCCUCCUCCCUCUACCUCGAACCCGCUUCUCUCUUCGUUCCACGACUUCGAGAAGGCCCAAGCGUCCGAGCCACAGGAGGUCCCUACCGAUGUCCGCCUCGUCAGCCCACUCCUGCUCCACACGCUGUGGCACACUCACACCGAGCCCAUUGAUGAUGCCAUUCUGAUCGCCGCUACCGCUUUCCCGACGGAGAAAGAGUUCCCGGGCUUGGUCGCGCUAGUACGCAUGUAUUUCAACGAGGCAAUCCGCCUCAUCAACAGCACGGACGCCCUCGUCCGCCAGCAUAUCAACACGCCUGAGCCCGCAAAGGGCAUCAAUCGUGAACCGUUCCACACGAUCACCCAGCCGUCCGACGAGGCCUACGCUGUUCCUGUUAUCCGCCUGCUUGCAAUGCUGAUGCGCGACCCGAAGGACCUAGCUCUUCCCACCGACCCCACCCUGUCCCGUGUCGUCGACCGGCUUGCAGAGCGUCUUCGUCUCCCCAAAGACCAUCCUAAACGUGCGAGCAUAGUGGAUGUCCAUCGUGUGCUGACCGAAGUCUGGUUCCGCGAGUGGCGCCGCAAUCAGCAGGGAAACUCGCUCGCCGAUCCCACGAUGGCCUUCCUCACUUAUGCCAGCAAGAAGGAGGAUGGGAGUUUUGUCACCGAGAAGGACCUUACCGGCACCCUCGCUCAUCUCACGCGCGGCAUCCGCUUGACCACCAUCUUCGAGCUGCAGACGCAACUUACGGAGAGGACUGCGUUCGACCAGUUCACGGCCGUCAAGCCCCUUCUCCGCUUCGUGCAGGAGAACGAGUUCUCGGCGUUCGCUAGCAUACGCUCUCUCCAGCACUACGCUACAGCUCUCGCGUACAACACCCUCGCGCUGCCGCGCAUCUGGUGGACGGACGACGAAGCGCAUGAGGAGCUUCUCUAUCAUGGUCAGAAAAUCAGCGUCCCGCAGAUCCGCGACAUCGUUACUCGGUUGCACCGUGAUGCAAUCAAGUUGUUCGACGAACUCACGGAGGGCCUCGACACCACGGUCCCGUACGCGAAGUUCGUCGACAACCUGCAGGAGAACAAGCCCGGCUAUUCGUUUACCAACACGGAGGAUGACCCCUCCCUUCAGGCGCUCUCCCAAGGUUUCGCAAAGGCCUUUCUCUCGUCGACGAAGCUCAAGUUCCAGAGGGAGGAUGGUCUCGGCCUUGACACCGACCGGGCGCGUUGGUGGAUGCGCAAGCUUGCCAAGCUCGAGAAGCUUAUCAUGGUCAUUGUUCAGAUGAGCAGCGGCGGACCCGCCAGAGGGACGGAGAUGUGCGCGCUCCUCGCCCGCAAUACCGCGUACCGUCUUCGCAACCUGUUCCUCUUCUCGACGUGCAUCGCGCUCGUCCGACAGUACAACAAGACGACGAACCUCUUCCAGCACGACAAGGUCAUUCCCUGUUCUCUCGACGGUGUAGCCGGUGACCUCAUCGCCCGCAUCCACUUCUUCCUCCGCCCGAUCGCCGCGUACUUUGCAUCGGUCCUCUGGCCGCUCCAGAAGGGACUUCCCAAAGCGUACCGGGACAUGCUGUUCAUGGAUAACGGCGCGCUGUUCACGAGCGAGAAGCUCAGCGACGCGAUAGGUGAUGCCUCCGGUCGCGUGCUUGGCUGGCGCCUCGGACUCAACUCUUGGCGGCAUAUUUAUAUUUCGGUCAAUCGUGAAAAGAUUCGUGAUGCAUCUGCGGAGCUCUCAGUAGCAGAGGAAAUUGACGCGCUUCAAGCCGGCCACUCUGCGGCUAUCUCGAAUCAGAUUUACGGUCUCUCGCACGCCGUGCUAUCCGGGCUGUCGCCGUCCAUCGUCAAGAACUACCUCAAGAAUAGCGACCGCUGGUGCCGCGAUGUCCUGCGCCUCAUCCCCGGUGGACAUUUGCGCAGAUAUGACGAGUGUACUUCCGACUACUAUGACAGCGUCUUUCCGCCCGCACCGCCCCCCAUACCUCCUCCUCCUCCACCGCCCCCCCCCGCGCCGGCGGCCGCAGCUGCCGUCAACGCCGACAGUAUCAACUUUCUCGUAUCCGCCAUGACUUCACUGUCUGCCACUGUGUCCCAAAUUGCCACCCGCCAGGAAGAACUAUUCACCAUGAUUACUGCUCAAGGCGCGCAGCCGCCUCCUUCUUCACCUCACAGCCGUCCGAAGCCGACGUUCCAGCCUCCCCAACUGCCUCCUCGCACUCCAUCACCUCGACCUUACGGACAUGGCACUCAUGCCGCCCCUCAGCAAGUUGCGUUUGAAGACGAUCAAAUUAUGCAGAGCCCUCCACCGCCGGCAAGCAAUCCGCCAGGGGCAUAUGACACAGCCGCCCCUCGUCCGCGCGCCAGGAGAGAGGUCCGUGCACUCGGCGACGCCUUUGAGCAUGUACCCGAUCUCGAUCGGGACAACGACAUAGAGAUGCACGUCCAGGGUGUUGAUGAUCAAGACAUGUACGAAGCGAACCCUCCCGAAGCUGGCGGUACUCCUAUACUGCCUUUUGACCAACUUCCUCCGGAGGACGCUGUUGCCGAGUCCCCUGGCUUCGAUCGGUAUCGUGGAACACUCUACGCUGCGUCAUCUCCACCGCCUCCUCCCUUCACAUCUCUCCCACGCCCUGCGCGCAAACAAGGUCAUGCUGACGCAUCUUCCGCUAAUCCUCGCAAGUUGCGUAAAGCAGCUCGUAAAGAGGCUCGCCUGGACAGCAACCCUCUCUUUGCUCCUAUGUCUGAUGUUCCAAGCUCAAGCCAAGUUGAGAUCGUAGAACCGCAAAAUACGGGGCGCGUAACUGAUCACGUCCGCGACGUGCGAGGGAGCACGAGGCACACCGCAGCUAUCGAGCGAUUGGCGGCCGCUCCGUCCCGCGUCCCGCCUCCGCCGAUCCCAGCUCUGAAUAAGAGGUCACAGCUUAUAGAUCUGUCCGCCCCUCCGGCUCGGCGCCCUGCACAUGUGGCUCUUCCAUCGUCACCUGUGCGCCGCCCUCCAGCCAAGAGGACCGCAGGCCGUCCAGGCAGAAGUGAGAGGCUCGCUGCCCAUGCGCGCAUGGUGGCCGCCGCUGGCGAUUCAUCUGCCGAUACCCCCGGCGCGGGCCCUUCUGGUGUGGGCGGUGGCGAUGACGGUCCAUCUGGCGGCAGUGGCAGCGCCGCUGCGUCUCGCGUUGUUGGCGACGCCUCGGAAGCGUCGCGCGCCCCGGCACCUGCUGCUGGUUCAUCUCGCGCCCCGGCACCUGCUGGUUCAUCUCGCGCUCCGGCACCCGCUGGCGCAUCUCGCGCUCCGGCGCCCGCUGGUCCUUCUCGCGCUCCAGCACCCGCUGGUCCAUCUCGCGCUCCGGCGCCCGCUGGUCCAUCUCGCAUCGCUGGCGCCGCCACUCACCCUGCCCGUGUUGCCGCUCCCGUUGCUGGCCCGUCCGGCGCCAGCGCUCAGGCGACCAGGACGUCCACAGCCAAGGCGCCUGCUGCCCCCGCUGGGCCUCGCAUCAAGUCUCGUAUUCCUCGUGGCGCGACAUUGUCGUACACCUUUCCGGACGACCCAUUCGAUGGCCUUUCCCUUGCGCUUCAAUCUGCCGCUGAAUACGAAGACAGUCCCGCUCGCAUGGCGUCCAUGCAUUUAUUCGACCUGCCCAUUGAGCUGGAAUGCAUCUUCGAUGACCCCUACGAUCCGGCGUCGGACAUGGAUGUGGACGACCUCCUUAUCCCUGUUCGCGAAUACCUGGGCAAGCCCGAUGCAUCCUGGCGUCCGUUGGAGCAGCGGGCCGCUAUCAUCGCGCUUCUACGUCUGGGACGCGACAUCAUCGUUGCCAUGGGGACGUCGACUGGCAAGUCCGUCAUUGCCCUCGCCCCAUCCUUCGCUGAGAACGGGUUGACGGUCAUCAUGGUCCCCCUUCGCUCGUUGAAGAAGGACUGGGAGCGCCGCCUGAAGGAGGGAAAGGUCAAGUACUUCGACUUUUCUUCCGGAAAGGCCGGCAAAAUUCCCGUCGGCACGAAGGUGGUUCUCGUGUCUGUCGACGUUGGCCGCGAGAAAGGGUGGAUGGAGGCGCUACGGAUCGCGUGUGGUGAAGGAAUGCCGAUAAUGCGUAUCGUGAUCGAUGAGGCCCAGAUGGUCCUCACAUCGCAGGACUUCCAUACCAUAUCCUACUACACCAACGAGUUCGGCCUCUCCAACCCUCUCGUCAUCCGCACCCUCGCCGACCGCCCCGAGAUCCAGUAUAUCAUCGAGAAAGCAUGCCCUAAACCUGACGACGCCGCGACGAAAAUCAAGACGUUCGCUGACGCAGCCAAGCUGCGUUUCUAUGACCGCUGGAUUGUAUUCGUUACCUCUGUUGCGGAAGCGUACGCCCUCGCCAAGGCGCUGGGGGUGCAGUGCUAUCAUGCACCGCGGGACAGCGAGGAAUACCAGGUGUCGGAUGAAGAGCUUCAGGCCCGCCUAGAUGCUUGGAUGGCCGGCACCUUCAUCGGUAUUGUCGCAACGAGCGCGCUUGCCUGCGGUAAUGACUUCCCGCACAUCCGCAUCGUCUUUCACUGGGGCGUUCCUCGCACGCUCAUCGACUUCCUGCAAGAGUCCGGACGCGCCGCUCGUGAUGGGCGCGUGGGCUACUCCGUCGUUUUCCCCAAUCCCUCCUUCCCUGGCUCUAACGCAGUCCCUGUCCUACGCAAUCUGCAGGGACACCACGUCAUACACUACCUGUUCUUCCGUAUGCCGAGCAUGCUCAGUCCAACGAGCCCCAAUAAAUGCAUACGCCGCGUCAUCAACAUAUUCAACGAUGGCGUCCCGCUCACCUGCUUCCGAAUCCGCGGAGCGCAGCUCUGCCACUUCUGCCUGCAAGCACAUAGGGCGCUUAGCGGAGACGAUAGGGAGCGGCGGAGACGCUAUCAGUACGCCCCGCACCGCCCGGACAUGGUCGAGCGUGCCCUGCACGACGGCUUCGCGGAUGCUGUGCUAGCGGCCGAGGCGCGUACUAUGGACCGCAUGGCAAUGACCGCCAACCAGCUCCAGAACUGGGAGGACCUGCUGGAGGAGGUCGGCCCAAAAUCAUGCGGCUACUGCUUCGUCCUUUGGAAGUCCGGCCGGUGGGCGUCGCGCGACGAAGCCAAUAUUGAACACGAGAUGUGGUGGUGCCCUAGCUCGCCCGGUCGCCAGGAGUGGCAGUGGCUGCGCAAGCUGCCGCAGUACAGGGACGAUGGAUCGAUGGACGUGUGCUUUAGCUGUCACUUCUCGAAGAUCGGGCGUAUCCAUCCACCGUAUUCGAACCGGUCGAAAGGAAACCACCCUCAUCUCGAGUUUGUGCUCCCCGCUCUUUGGGCAGUGUGGUCGGACGCUGCCCUUCACGCCGAUGCGUUUUGUGACCUCCAGGUUGCGGAGCAUAAUCAUUCCUGGGACUCACUCGAAUCACUCUGCCGAUGGCUCGUUGACCCGGCCGCAACGAACAGCCUGGUAACGGGGAAAAGGCUUUUCGAGGCUCCUGGCAUGGCGUUCAUGGAGUGGCUUCGCCGGCGGUUCCAGAUCGGUGACAAGACAUAUCUCGGUGCGUCUGCCCAAGCUGGCUACAUCGUUCAGCCGUCUCACCCCAUAUUAGUCCAGCUCGCCGCCCAUGGCGUCCUAAACUAG